AUGAAGGUCAAUAUUGGGUCGCAGUCCCCAUCAUCAACCUCCUUGUCAAGCUCGUCAACACGAUCACAACUGCCUCCUACACCGAAGCUUGCCUUUUCGCGUGAGCAGAUCUUACAAGAGCUCCGUGUGCGUGAACAAUCACAGCAUCGAGAAAUUGGGCUUGUUGUCGUGGGACAUGUGGAUGCAGGAAAGUCAACUUUGAUGGGUCGCAUGCUGGUUGAACUCGGAAACAUCACAGAGCGUGAGCACAACCAGAAUGUACGCAGCAGCUCCAAGGCAGGGAAGAGUAGCUUUGCCUAUGCCUGGUCAUUAGACUCGUCUGAAGAGGAGCGUGCGCGCGGCGUAACGAUCGAUGUGGCUCAUGAUACGUUCCGAACCAAGCAUACUCUGUUUCAUUUACUUGAUGCACCUGGUCACAAAGACUUUGUACCAAACAUGAUCAGUGGCGCGGCGCAGGCAGAUGCCGGGCUGCUGGUCGUGGACUCGAUCACCGGCGAGUUUGAAGCAGGCUUCUCCCCGCAAGGUCAAACACGUGAGCAUGCGACGCUUCUCCGCUCGUUAGGCUUGCAGCAAUUGAUUGUCGUUAUCAACAAACUUGAUGCCAUGAACUACAGUCAACAGCGAUUCGAUGAGAUUGUUUCUACGCUGAGUCCCUUUUUGUCUCAACUCGGUUUUGAUGUGAACAAGUGCGUGCAAUUUGUUCCCUGUGCUGCUAUGAUGGGAGAAAACCUGCGUGCUCGAUCGGAAGAGGCCAGCCUUUCUCGCUGGUACACCGGCGUGACGGUGGCAGAAGCGCUUGAUCGUCUUGAGCAACCCUCGCGCAUGUACGAGUCACCUUUCCGCCUCUCUGUGAAUAACGUGUUCAAGGGUGGCUCGCUAGUAAGCUCAGGACUGGGUGUAAGUGGCCGCAUCCUAAGUGGAUUUGUGCAAGCUGGUGAAGUCGUGCGUGUAUUGCCUGGAGAUGCUUGGGGCAUCGUCAAGAUGAUUGAAUGUGAGAAUGAUGCACGCCCAUGGGCUGCAGCCGGCACGAUUGUCACGUUGUAUCUAACACACAUUGAGCCCAAUGAAGUUAGUGUCGGCAGCUUCCUGUGCCCACCAACGGCACUCGUCCCGCUUUGCAAAGAGAUUGUAGUCCAGCUGCUCACGUUCUCGUUGGUGUACCCUAUUCUCCCAGGGACAACCGUCGAGGUUUUCCAUCACAGUGCGGAAAUCCCUGGACAGAUUGUCGAGCUCAUAAACUUAUUGGAUCGUGCCUCUGGCGAUGUGAUACGGUCACACCCGCGUGUUAUGUCUCGUGACGCGGCUGGCACGGUACGUGUCACAUUGGGCCGUCGCGGUCGUGACGGCUCGGGCUUUCCGAUAGAAGAGUUCAAAACGAACAAAGGCAUGGCGCGUGUCUUGUUCCGCAUGCGGGGAGAGACAGUAGCGGCAGGGAUUGUCCUGGAAGCUAAGUAG